UAACGGCUGUUAUUGUAUUUUAUUUCCUUAGUCGUGCAAAUGCACGGCAGCACGGGUGCUGUAAGUGCUGUAUUACAUUUACAACACAACACCCAGUAAUCGCUCGUUUUCAAUUGUUCCUCUCCUCGAAUCUGGGUUCUUCAGUAAGUAGGUUUAGGUCUGGAUUAAAGAUGGCGACUGACAUGGAGAUUGAAAAGGAUGUAACAACUCAAUUAGAGGAUAAACAACCUGAGGCUGUUGAAAUUGAAAACAAGGAGUUGUUGAAAGCGGAGGAAUUAAGUCAUCAGAAGGAUACUGCGGAUUCGGCUAGUGAUGCACCGAAUGUAAAUGAUGUUGAAAUGACUGCUGCUGAGCAUACAGUCGUUGAGGAUGGACGUGGAGAUGUACCUGCUGCGGCUGCUAAUGGUACUGUCACUAAGGAUGAAUGUGGAGAUCUAGAGGCUGCUGCUGCUGAAGAUUCUGUUGUUAAGGGUGGAUGUGGAGAUAUACCUGCUGUGCCUUCUGAAGAUGCUGGUGUUAAGAAUGGAUGUGGAGAUGUACCUGCUGUGUCUUCUGAAGAUGCUGUUGUUAAGGAGGGAUGUGGAAAUAAACCUUCAGCUGCUGAAGAUUCUGUUGUUAAGGAUGGCUGCCCGGAUAUACCUGCUGCAACUGGUACCACUGUGUCUGCGGUUGAUUCUAUUGUUGAAGCUAGUGGUAUUGACGAUGUGUGUGGAAGAACCGAAGAGGAUGAUAAGAAAAAUCAUGAUGUUGAUAAUCAGAGUGUGGCUGUAGCAGUAACUGAGGAUAAUUUUCCGGAGAUAAAAGAGAAAGAUAAAAAGGAUGGGGAGUUGACAAAUAGGAGUGGAAUGGAUGUGAGCAAUGAGGCUUUGGUACCAGGAUCAGGUGAAGAGAAUGGAAGCAAAGAAGUGGAAAUAAUAAAUGGGGAGAGACAGAGGGAUUCUGCUUUGAAUGAUGGAAAAAAGAUGAAUGCAUCGACUGAUACGAUGAGUGCCAGUGGGUUGGAUGUUCUUCAGGAGAAUGGAACAAAAGAAGGGGAGAUGUGUAACAAGGUCACGGGGAUGGAAAUAGUUGUGGACAGUGAAUUGAAGGGAGAGGUGCAAAACCCGGAAUUAGAUGCGAGGCAGCAGGUUCGCUUGAAGACAUCAAACAAUUCAUUUUUAGGACCAGAUCCAGUUUUGGGUGAUGAGACAGGAACAGCGGAGGAGCGAGCUGAGUUCAUAAAGGAGCUAGAGACUUUCCACAAAGAGAAAUUCUUAGAGUUUAAGCAUCUAAGAUUCUAUGGAGAGCCAUUGAAUCUCCUCAAGUUGUGGAGAUCUGUAAUCAAGCUUGGUGGCUAUGAGCAGGUGACUUCGUGUAAGCUGUGGCGUCAAGUGGGAGAGUCAUUUAACCCCCCAAAGACUUGCACUACCGUUUCAUGGACAUUUAGAUGCUUCUAUGAGAAGUCAUUACUUGAAUAUGAAAAGCAUAAGAUGCGCAGCGGUGAGCUCCCAUAUACUGAUGCUUCGUUUCCAGAGCCUUGUAAAGAUCAGGCUGGUCAUAAUCAAGCCGCAGGUCCAGGAAGGGCAAGAAGAGAUUCUGCAGCCCGUGCUAUGCAGGGUUGGCACUCUCAACGGCUUCCUAGUAAUGGAGAUGUUGGGGAUCAGAUCAUCAAGGAUAAAGAUUCAUCCCCUGUACCAAAACGUGAAAAGCAACUGAAAAGCAUCGGUUUGCUAAAACGUAAAACGCCACCCCCUAUGGACGAUACCGCUAAAGUUGCAGGCAUUAAUACAUCAAGGCAACAGUUGGAUACUACGGUCGUUGACAUUGGUACUCCUGCUGAUUGGGUGAAGAUCAACGUGCAAAAAACUAAAGACUGCUUUGAGAUAUAUGCUUUAGUUCCGGGGCUUUUAAGGGAGGAGGUACGGGUACAAUCUGAUCCAGCAGGGCACUUGAUCAUAUCAGGCGAGCCAGAGAACAUAGAUAAUCCUUGGGGUGUUGUCCCAUUUAGGAAGGUUGUCAGCUUGCCUUCUAGGAUAGAUCCACAGCAGACAUCCGCGCUGGUUACUCUGCAUGGUCAGCUCUUUGUGCGUGUACCAUUCGAACAGUCAAAUGAGUAGAAUAGGCCUUAUGCGUAGUUGCAGAAUCAGACUGUAGGAAACAUAUAUCGCUUUUAGUGUCCUAGCACAAGGCUAGACGUGUAAUCAGAUAAAUGAGGUUGAUAUGUAUAUUCUUCGUAGCUGUUUACCAUUGGAUGGAGUAAAAAUAUACGUUAACCUGACAAGUGCUUGGAUAUAAAUUAUUUGAUCAUCA